UCAAAUAGGAGAAAAGAGGAAGAUAAAGUGGAUUAUUCGUGCAUUGUUUAGCAUAGCAAUCAAAACAGUGUGUUGUAGCAUUUUUCUUAUUUUGGGCGACAAAAAACAAAUAUUGGUACUAUUGCAAAACAUUUGCCAAAAUGGAUAAUUUCUGCCGUCUUUGUCGUCGAAACGGAGAUUUCGAGUCGGUGUCCAUUCUCGACUCGUCUCACGGUGGGGAGAUAAUUGCUGUAAUUAUGCAAAAUUGCCUUCAGCUUCAGAUAGUGCCGGAUGAUGGCUUGCCCCAGCAAAUUUGCAAUCUCUGCCAGGCGCAGCUGGAAAUGUUCUAUUUGCUGCGCAAGAUAAGCUUCAACUCGGAACGUUACUUCCAGCAAUUGCUUCAGCAAAAUAAACAAAAUUCUCCGCCAAUGAAUAAUAUCGCCCAAGGGAUGCAACAUAGUCGAGAAUUAGACGAUUUCAUCGAUGUUGAUACAGCACAGCAAAUGAAUUUACCAGAAGUUAAAAGUGAACCUGCUGAUUUCAUCCAUGAGCCGCAAUCACAGCUGUCAUUCUCAGUCAACAGCAGUUAUCUACAUCAGGAAAUUGACCAUACGGAAGUUAAAGUUGAACCCACCGAAAUCAAUGAGGAACCAGUGCAUUAUCAGCCGUCGUUUGAAGAAGUUUGCGAAACACAUCAGAAACCAGAGUCAGCUCUUGCCUCAAACAGUAAUACCUGGGGCCGAGUAGAAAUGAACAUGCCACAAGGCAAGCAUCAACCACAGGAGCGCUAUUCAUGUGCCGAAUGCGGUUAUCACUCGCAAUAUAAAGCCAACCUGUACCGCCAUAUUAGGCUUCGACAGCACAGCAUGUUGCACACAUCUUCGCAGCAAAAAGAUAUCCUGAAAAUACGUCAAAGAAGAAGACUCACACUGGAUGAAAUACUGGCCAAUAGUAACGCAAGCGAAAUGAAAGUUUAUACUUGCAAUGUCUGUGGUUAUACGACUGCGUUCAAAGGAAACGCAGAUCGACACCAACGCAGUCAAAACCAUCACGGAAUUGACGUCAGUAUCUAUGGGAGAAACCGUUCCAAAAUUGACUGCCUGAUGAGUCAACGAUUAAAAUACGCACCCGAUGGUAACUACCAGCCCACUAUAAGCACAAACCCGCAUGCGAUGCAUCCGCAAGCCGAAUCGUCCAACCAACAGCAACAUUGCUUGAAUCAAGCAGAACGUGAGCUGCUGCAGGAAAUUAGGGAGGAAUUCAUGAAAAUAAACGCCUGUAAUAGCAGCGGAAUGGAUUUGUUCGAAUAGCAGUUUUAUCCCUGCGUUUAGAAAGUGUAUGAUUGGUUGCAUUUGUUUUCCCUCUAAGGGUUAGAAAAUACUUACAGUCGCUUUGAUUCAGCUAUUUAGCAAAGAAUCAAAUAAAAAAUGAUCUAAACUCUUUAUUCUAUUAUAACUGAAUCCAUUCAUAGAAGUGGCAUAACAGCCAUCAAUGUAAAGUACGCAGCCAUUUAACCCAUGAAAAGUGUAUCCAGUGUGGUCACCUUGGCAACCACGUGCGUUGUUUAGACCGACAUUGAAAAUAAAGAACGACGGUAGUGUACAUUUUAAAUUAGUUUUUUUUUCUUCCUAUCAAAUAAAAUAAUGUCACAAAACCUAAACUCCGACGAGACGACUGCAUCCGAGCAGGUUCCAUCUGCCAAGCUACUGGAACGUUUGCUAAGUGGUAAAACAAAAAUGAAAGAAAAUCGAUGGGAUCGUAUCAGGCGGAAGCACUUGAACAACAUCACUGUUACAUCGAAGACGGUCAAACGAUUCUUCAAUAUGAAUUUCGUUGACGAAAAUCAAAUGAAGAUUCUAAGCGGGGAUGGCAGAACACAGAAAACCGCACUCAAUCCGGUUCUCGUAAUGGAUAUCAGACAUGAGAUGAUCAAACGCAAACCGAAAGGAAGUCAGGACAAAGCGCCGCUAAAUCCUGUGCGAGCAUACCAGCAGGAGCAACUAGAAAACCAUAAGAGGACAAUUGAAUCAACGUUAUUUGAGAAUGAGCUUAAUAAGUUUCGUAAAGAGAUUACCAACGGAGGAACAAAUGGAAAAAAGUCGCAAAUCAGCGAACAAAAGAAAAGCUUUUUACUCAUCGAUUUACCUAAGAUUGAUAACAGUGUUAUUUAUGAGAGCUUGCAAGAGUGUGAAAAGUUCACCAACAAUUUUUAUCAAACUGCGAUACAUGGAAGAGAAGCAUUGGUUAGACAAUGUCGAAUGGAAGACAUUAGGAUUUUCAAAGAACCGGCAACCAUAGAGGAAAUCCAAGAUGAAACUGAAAACGCCAAUAAUGAUGAGAUUGCAAUCAAUGAAGGUUAUCAAAAUGAGAAUGGAAAAAAUGAAGACGAAGAUAGUAAGACUGUACGAUUCGGAGACACCCAAUUGAUCACCUAUCCUGCAGAAGAAUCGUCUUUCUCCCUCGAUGGGUCGGAUUACGAUUUCGACGAUAACGAGUUAUUUUUGGAAUCACUCGAUUCCGAUCUUGAUGAGUUUGAUGAGGCUGAAUUUUUAUCCAUCGAUAGUAUUUCAGAACCGGCUAACGAUGAUGAUGCGCAAACAAUAUUUCACACUGAUUCUGGUAAUUUUUACUUCACAAUAACUCCUGUUGACGAAUCCAGUAGAUCAUCCAAAAAUAACAGCAACGAUUUUAGAAAAGAAAAACUCACGUAUAACUACGACUCGCCUGAAAUAACCGAGGAACCGAUUUUACCAUUAGAGAAAAGUGAUCUGAUUAUGGGUAAACGAUGUGAAAUUGAGGGAAAAGACUAUAGUAAACUAUGUGUUAAAAACUACAAACCAGACAACCAAACACUGAACGACGAUAAAAUUGAAAUUUCUGAAGAAGCACGCAAAGUAAUAAGUGCUGCUUUGAAAGAAGGUUUUAUACAAAACUACGACCAUGCACUGUUGAAACAAUACUUUUUCAAGUGGUUACAGUUCACAAUUCUAGAAAAGAUUUCCAAGGGCACUGGAAUUACAACAACACGCGAGCAGAAAUUGAAACGUAUUAACGACUUUAUCAACAACGUUCGGGCUAACAAAAAGAAAAAUUCGAAACCAGCGAUUCCCAAUACACAAACAAUUCACGUAAAAAAAGAUUAUGAACAUCGCCUGAAGGUUCAGCAGGACAUUAUAGAACUUCAAAAACUAAAGCUAGAACGACAAGAACGCAUCAUCACCGAAUUGAAAUUGUCAAAGUUCUCUGAGGCGGCAAAACUCUCCAAGAUGGAGAUACAAUCCGAGCUGCACAAAACAAUACGAACAGGUCACGUGCGUCUGCGCGCCAAAGCAAAGUGCAUCCGAAUUGUCGGAAACAUGAAAAACGACUCGGUUAAAGCUGACGAACUUCGGAAGCUGCAAGCACAAGGUUUGAUGAUACCCAAGUUCUUGGCCAAGAUGCAACAGCGCGCUCUGGAUCGUAGCCAGCGCCACCAGGAAGCUAAGGAGCGUCGCACGCGUCUAGAGAGGGAAAGAGAAGAGACUAAAAUGGCAGCAGAAGAGGCAAAACGGCUGGAGGAUGAGGAAGCACGUAAAAAACGUUACCGAGAAAUGCGUGAGAAGCGGAAACUAGAGAAACUACAGAAGAUAAUACGCGAGCAGGAACGGCAAGCUUGGAUAGCUAACAACCAGAUUGCCAAAGAAUUUCGUUUGCUGAAGCUCAAACGUUUCGGUAUGUUGACGUUCAAGCUAUUACUUGGAAUUAGGCGAGAUAAUGAACGUCGUGCAAUAGCAGCUCGUAGAAGGUACUACAAGAAGAAAUACUUUCGCAAAUGGUGGGGUUUAACUAACUCACUGUGGGAAAGUAAAAAGCAGAGGGCAGAUCAGCUAGCACAUGCAAAGCUGAUGCAGAUUGGAAUGAAUUACUGGAAAGAGUAUUGUCACGAGCAGCGCAAAAAAAUGCAGGUAGCCGUCGAUUGGUACGAGGUGCGCCUCUCAGAAAUGGUUGUAUCAACAUGGAUCGGACGCACCAAGCAGGCGCUGCUGAUACUACAAGGCAAAAUGUCCCAUGCGUCGGCUCAUUAUGAAUGGCAACUUAAGUGGAAAGUUUUCGAACGCUGGCAAAGACUGCACAUCAUUCUGAAGAUUGAAAAAGAGACUGAACAACGCCGACAGCGCUGGCGGAUGAAGAUCUGGGAAUUACUACCAGACUACAAACCGAUUGAGGAAGAACUCUAAUAUCUAAUGCUAACAAAGUCUGAAUUUUAGAAGUUUUUAACACUUGAAUAACUUUUUCGUAGCUCAAUAUUAAGGAUAACUUUGUAUAUCCGGUGUAUUCUUUAUUUUAGCGAAUUAAAAUGAUGACACCAGUUCUUAUUCAACCGGGCCAAGCAUGAAUUGCAGGAAUUGUGAUACUCACGUGAAAAAAGAAACAUCUCACGUGCGCGGUUUUCGAUAGU